CGUAGUAGAUGAAUAAUAACUCAGAACGUAUCAGAACUGCAUUUACAAUUACGAGAGGCAUUUUAAUUCUAGCAAAGUAGAAAAGCAAACAACGAUUCGUUGAACAAUGGAAGGAUAUUUAGCCUUUUAUAUAUUAGCUAUCUUCACUUUGACACGCAGAUUUCACGGAGAAAGCAUAAAUGUAUGCUUACAACCAAUCAAAUCCAUCGGAUAUAAUGGAUAUAGAAAAGUCAGCUUUAGUUGGACGCUGACCAAUCAAAAUUGUGAAUCUCAAAACGAGGUUUUACUCCUGAAACUGGCGAAGAUUAAUCUUAAACGCAGUGGGCUCUAUCAGUGCCGCGGAUAUCUAAAAAUUUCAGCUUAUCGUGAAAGCAAGAACAUUUGUGAAUACUCUGAAAACACUUGCUUUGUGGUUAUUCCCGAAAAUUCAACUUGGUUUGAUGCCUCUAUCGCCGACGAUUGCACCAAUAUAAAAUUGAUAAGAAUGGAGAACAUCUUUCCGAGUACUGUAACAUAUGUUUCUAAAAGUUGGGCUAAUACGUAUUUGCAACAUUUUGAAAUUGGGAUCAUCUACCAGUCAUCCAAUUCAAAAGUUGACAAAACAACAACUGUACAGCAGAUGUCAACAACUGCACAGCAUAUAUCAACGACUGUACAGCAGAUGUCAACAACUGCACAACAUAUAUCAACACAUGUACAGCAGAUGUCAACAACUGCUCAACAGUCGACCGUUUUAUUCAUCAUUUCUGAACAAGUUCAAGCAGCAUUCAUCGACCGCACACUUGCAUUCAUUUUUGGAGUUCUACUGUUCAUCGUUUUGAUUGUCCUCUUUGCUGUGAUAGUCAGGUUGGUGUUGCGUUUCACUUGUUUGGUAUGGACGAUUAUAUAGAAAUUGGCAAAUCGAUACUUUUGGAGGUAUUGCAGAUAUUGUAGGAAGAUCGGUAACCAGCUACAAACACCCCAAGAUCAGCAACAACAGCUUCCUCCGAAUGUGGAAGCCGCGAAUACAAACCAGCAAAAUGAGUGCGAACCUGUAUACAGUGUCGUUAAUGAGGCAUCCAAUUCCAGAUCCGAUCAUGAAGUUGUAGUCAACGAACUUUAUAAUUUGUAAUAAUUAAGUAUACCGGUAAAAAAGAUGGUAACUUGCGUUGAAACAUAAAAGGAAAAUGUAUGAAAAUA